AUGAACACCAUGCUACGAGGUUCCACAAGUCGCUGCUUCGCGACCAAGCGACCCCGCGGGGCCAGGUUCCUCGGGGCCGCUCCACGACUCUCACGCAUAGCAUAUCGUGCGCCGAUCAGUCGAUUUUCUACUCUCAACUUUUCUUCAGCAUGUGCAGCAAGGACCCGACGACUCCAGGCUUUCAAAGCCCCUACCGCCAUCCGACCGUACUCGUUACCACCUCUCCCUCCUCGAAUGAACAACACGAUACCUGUUUAUCGCAGGAGUGUCAAAGGCAAGAUCUUCGACAGUAUGAUGGCGCAUCCGCUCGCUUGGUUACUCAUUGUCCUCUGCGUGUGCGGGGGUAUACAAUGGUCUUGUCAGUUUUACAACAGAAUAAGGCCUGUCUAUGUCGCAAUAGCCUACGUCAGCAGCAGGUGGGAAGGUUGGAAAGCGAGACGCAGACACCGAAGGGCGGAGAAGCUGGCGAGACGCGAACAGGCGGCUUUGGAAAAGAGGGGACGGGGGAAACGGGGGGGUAGAUGGCGAGAUUAUUUCUGGGCGCCGAGGAAGAGGGGGGGUGAUGGGAAGGAUGGGGAGGAGUGA